AUGAAAGAAUGUUCCUGGAAGGAAAAAAAUCCACCCUCGGCCAUCAUCCCCGGUCUACCAAUAUCUAAUCAGGAACCUGUGCCUAACAGACCCGUUUCUUCCCCGCCUACCUCAACUGAAUUUCGUCACAAAUGGGGAGAAGUAGUAACAAAUCUAUCCAAUGGUAAUCCUGGACUCAAAACGUUACAUCAGCCUAUUCAUCACCCCGGUCGACAUGAGUUCAAGAUCACCCAACUUUCCCCACAAAGUCGAAAUCUGCUACGCGAUUUGCGUGUUUCUGCUGUCACCGGUGAAAUGACGGCCAGUCCAUACGAUCGACCCGUGUCGGAUCCAGAGGAGAAUGAAUCCACGCCGGAGAGUUACGCGCGUAAAUAUCCGGAGAAGAAGACCACUCACAGACUGUCCAAAGGGCUAUGUAAACAGAAUAGCAUGAAAAUGCGAUUUGUCCGUGUGGUCCGUGGUGCUUCCAGUGUGCCUGACUUGAGCAAAGAACCCACACGGAGCGCAAUGAAGUCUAGCAGAAACAGCAGCCAUUCUAGUUUGCAUCGAAUCAAGCCGGAACAGCCGUACAUGUGCACUUCACCGAUCGCGCGCAACUCCGACUCACUUUCAUUGACUCCACCAUCCCCGGCCCAAAUCCCACUGUCGGAUACACAACAGGACUUUUCGAUCCCACUAAAAGCACCACAACUGUUCAUCGACACACAGAACGUAGAUGAUCCCAGUGAGAAUGAACAAACCCCAGUCAUAAAGGAGGAAUUGAAUAAUCCAGCGGAGUACGGCCCUUCCUAUUGCCUUUCUCCAUUUGUCCGUCCUCAGUCGGAUCAAUUUCACAUCAAACCAAAAGUGGCCUCCAGCCCGAAGUUCGCCUUCCGAUCAUUGGAUGGUGAGUUGUUCCGGGCGGUUAGCGCACCGAGAAAGUCCGAAGGCAGCCCUGUUUUGCGCACCAGUAGCGGUUCAGAUAAACGAUUCACCUUCCAAUCUCACCUGGAUAGUCUGGAUGAGACGGGAAAAACAGAACAAGUAGAGCAAAUUAAUGGUUGGAAUAAAGGACCUCAAAAGAAUAUUCCAGAGCCGAUCACAACGAACCAAACGGACAUGCGAAGUUCAGAAUUGGCCAAUACCAGCAAUCCUUUCACCGAACCACGUGAUUCUGAGUUCGAAAGCGACAGUAAUGUGAUGUCCAAUUUGAAUGAAGACUACUGCGAAACGGAAGUUCUGCCGGAGAUGAAACCAAGUGCUGAGCCCAGAGUAAACCGAAAACUGCCCCGAUUUCAUAAUUUGGUAAUUCACUUUUGGGUUUACUCCCGCCACUGUCGUAUUUAUAUCCGGACGAGAGAUCUAUAA